UUGCGGUUGUUGUGAGGGUAGAGUGACAUUGAUUAAAAGAUAUCAACUUGUCAGCAAAACAGAGGAAAUCAUGCCAGGUAACCUUAAAAUUACAACAGUUUACAACUGUUUCAUAGCAAAAUAUCCCUACUACCAUCUGAAGGAAGGUUUCUGCAGGAAUAUCUUCGAUCGAGACUUGCACUUACACUGAUUGUACGAAAUACUUAAUAUUGUUGUCCUGUUUUGUUUUAAUUUUCUGGCGUUUGUAUUUAAUAGCUGCUACCAAGAAGACAGAGAAAAAAGGAGGGAAGGCGGAUGCUGGUAAAGAUCAAGUUGCACAUGUUAAGCGAUUGUUUGUUUGUGUGCAGAUGAAGUUCUAGAAAGUCAUUCACACAACAAGCAUAUUCCUGAACAUUGUGUCAUUUAAGCUGUAGACUAGAGUAAUUUUUUCUGAUAUCUUAGUAAUAGUUAUCUUAAAGAUAUAGCUACAUUAAUAUCUUUUAUCAGUAAUCUUAUAUUGUCUCCUGUUCAGGGUUCAUAUUCUUUUAAUUUAUUGCAAUUUCUUUUCAAGAGUUUAGCAAUGUUUCAAAUUUUCAAUAUAGCUAUUGUUUUGCUUUUUUUCAAUCUUAGGUGCAACGAUACUAAGUGGUGUAUACAUGUUUCCCAAUGGAGAUAAAUAUGGUGAGAACCAUAUCUGGUUAUCUCAUGCUAAAUAGCUGUGGACUGUUGAGGAAGGGGUUUGAGCCCCAGACCAAGCCAAAACUUAAGGUUUCUAAAUUACUGGGGAGAAUGUGCCUCCUUGAUACUAUGCCAUCUGCCAAUGGUUAGACAAUUUUGUCUUAUCAUUGGAUUAGGAAAAUAAACCACAGACCUGGUCUCUUGCAUUUUCUCUUUACUGGUUAGCAGGAGACAUUAAUAAUAAUAAUAAUAAUAAUAAUAAUAAUAAUACAAUAAUUUAUAUAGCGCCCUUUUCCGUGAGCUCAUGAAGCAUGCUUUUCUCUCAAAGAGAAAUAUAGGCCCUCAUUUAAACCAGAUUUAAAGUUGAACUGGACAAGCCUGUCUAAAUAUCAAAAAUAAAUAAAUAAAUAUAAAUUAAAGUAAGUUCUAUGGAAUAGUCAAGACUGAUAAUCAGAUAUAGGGACACAGCUUUGAUCAGGAAAAUAUACCAAACUGAAAUGGCAUCUUUGUGUUAUCAUAUUUUUUAACACUGUGUGCUCCCAGAUUGCUUUGUUUACCUCAGUUACUUUCUCGCAAAUGUCUCGUUACCUGUCAAUAUCGACACCUUUCCUUGAAACCCUAGCGGGUUUCAAUUUGGCAAAUAAAAUUGGCUUCCUCUGUAGAUGGUGAAUACAUCCAGGCAGAUGAAGGCUUAUUGCGUCAAGGUUAUGGUACCCAUACAACAGUUGAUGGACUUAGUUACUAUGGUAACUGGAGUGGGGACAAGAUGAAUGGACAAGGUGAGUUCUGAAGGAGUGAAGACCUGAUUUUGUAUUCUAAGAUCAUUCGUUGUUUUCUAUGGUAAUGUUAAACCUUUCAAUCCUAAGAUCUCAUUUUUUAUUUUAUUUAGUAAUUCUCCUUUCUGUCUACCAAACAAUCCUACGAUGGUUAUUUGAGAAUUUGAUAUUAGAUCAAUUACUAACUUCUUAAUUGAUAUUUUUCUUUGUUUUCAUAACUUGUCCAUUUGAUACUGUGUUGAUAUUGUAAGGAAAAAUUCUGCAAUGGUCACUCAUUGGAGUUAAAGGAUAAAAGUUUUCUCAAUGAUGUUAUUUACUGAAAUAAGCAAACAAAACAAGGAAAUUUGUCUGCUAAUUCUUUAUUCAAGAUUGCUUCUCCAUCUUCCUAUGAACACGGAAUAGACUGUUGUCUUAUUUUUUAGGGAAACUUCUUCAUCCAUCAGGAGCCAUAUACGAGGUAUUAAAACAUCUUAAAUACCAUCAUCAUGUCUUGUUUGUUUGUUUGUUUUUUUUUACCACAAAUGAUUGAUAACUCAGAGGUUAACCCUUUACACCCUUACAUCAGUAUACUUAUUCCCCAUACUGUUUUCUGAAUAUUUCCUGAGGUUCUGACAUGGAGAAUUUGUUAAAUAAUCAAGAGCUUCUUGAAUUGGUGAUCAUUUCAUAUAUUCUCAUGACCUCACUGUUUGAUUUAGGGUUGAUAUUGUAAGGAGAAAUUAGAAGCCAAUCACUCUAAAGGGUCAAAGGGUUAAUGCCUUAGCUUGUAUUCAAUUCUUAUUGUUAAAAUUCUGCAAUUUAUUCAAGGGUGGUGUUUAUUUGACGGUGGGGUUUCUAUCAAAAGAAUUUUCCCAGGUUCCAGCAUUAUUAUUAAAUAUUGUGCAUCAUGGAAACUGGUUCAAAGCUUGAAUGUUUAGCUGUGUUUUUUGUAUAAAUUUCCAAGUAUUGUUUUGGUUACUGCAUGAGUCAUGCCACACUUGAUAUUCUAUUUUUUCAUAGCUCGUGAAAUGAAUAAAUGUUGUAUUUUCCUGGUCGAGUGCAGCCUAAAGCAGAGGGUGGCAUUUAUAGAUAGUUUUUCUCACAAUUAUACUGCAUUAUUAAUUUCAUUGAGAAUAGUGUAAAUUCAAGGCCAACAUUUAAUGAAUACAUUUCCAUACACUGAGCAAUAAUAGAACUGUUCCAAUUGGGUAAGUUUACCUGUAAUGAAUUGCAGGUAUUAUUUUGUUAUAUAAGAUGUAAAUUUUCUCUCACUCACAGGGAGAAUUUGUCAACAACAUGUUCCAUGGAUUUGGAAAGUACACUUGGCCCGAUGGAUCAUAUUAUGAGGGGAACUUCAACGAGAACAAGUAAGCCUUCCAAAAGUGAUUGGGAUUAGAUAAUUAUCUGGGUGCCUCCCAAACUAAAUAGGCCAACUUUGAUUUUUUUGAGUUACGGCAUGAAACAAUUGAUACAUGUAGUCAGAGGAGCCCUCAGGAAAAAGCCCACAAAUAUUAUACACUUAAUGUAUGGUUCCGAGAGAAACAGUUGGUUUUAUUUUCCUGAGAGUCUCAGAAAACAUCGGGUCUCUCUGGAAAAUAAAACAAACUAGUUUCCCUUGUGACCAUACAUUAAGUGCUUUAAUGGCAAAAACAUGCUGUUGUAUUUGGCUCGUGGGCAACAACUGUGUAAUUAUAUCCUUCUUGGAUCAUACAUUUGAAUUUUAUCAGGGGCAUGUGACCAAGAAUCAACCAAUCACAGUGCUAGUUUUGUUGAGUGAAAGUCUAGGUCUAUAACAAUGUCAUUUAUUUGCUUGGAGUUUUGUGCCUUUUUUUUUUUUUUCAAUUUUCUGGUUUUAAAAUGUAAAAAUUGGGUAAUAGUAGAUACAUGUGUAAACUUGCCCAUUACAUGUUAUCUGGUCAGCCAGGAGCUAAAAUGUCAUGGGAUAGCAUCUUCAGAUUUCAUGAACAUUUUGGUACCUUUACCUCAAAAUUUCUGCAGACAUUUUCUAAUGUUGCAUGUUGUUGUUUUUUCUGUUACAGACUUGAAGGUCAGGGAACAUUUACGGAUGUAAAAUCGCAAGUGUGGUAUGGAAAAUUCACACACAAGGCUGCUCCUGGGCUCAAGUUUAAACUGUGCAUGUAGAAUAUCUCACAAAUUUUGACACUGCAAGAUGUAAAUUUAUAUAUAUUAUACCUGUACUUGACUGUAAAUAUUCAUUCAUGGC